CCUUUAACCCCAGCUCCGUUGCGCUAGAAGGAAAAGGCGGGCCUGGGGGCGGGGCAAGUCGAGGAAGCGGAAGCGGCGCCGCGGAGCGUGGCCCCCGCCCGCCUCGGCCCCACGUGUGCGAACUGCUACAAUGGAAGUUAAAGGGAAAAAAAAAAUCACAGGAAAAGAUGUGAAGACCUCACAAGAAAAAAACAUAUUUCAUAAAAACAGUGAUUCUGGUUCGUCAAAGACCUUUCCAAGAAAAGUUGUCAAGGAAGGUGGACCUAAAAUCACACCUAAGAACUUCGAGAAAUGUGCCACAAAACCCGGGAAAAAAGGUGUAAAGCAGUUCAAAAAUAAGCAGCAAGGGGAUAAAAUACCAAAGAACAAAUUCCAGCAGGCAAAUAAAUUCAACAGGAAGAGAAAAUUCCAGGCGGAUGGUAAAAGUGAUGAAUCAGCGGCCAAGAAACCGAAGUGGGAUGACUUCAAAAAGAAGAAGAAGGAACUGAAACAGAGCAGACAACUCAGUGAUAAAACCAACUAUGACAUCGUUGUUCGUGCGAAGCAGAUUUGGGAGACCUUACGACGAAAAGACUGUGACAAAGAAAAGAGAGUCAAGUUGAUGGGUGAUUUGCAGAAGCUGAUUCAAGGGAAGAUCAAAACAAUGGCAUUUGCUCAUGACUCCACUCGUGUGAUCCAGUGUUACAUUCAGUAUGGUAACGAAGAACAGCGAAAACAGGCUUUUGAGGAGCUGCGAGAUGAUUUUGUCCAAUUGAGUAAAGCUAAGUAUUCCAGAAAUAUUGUUAAGAAAUUUCUCAUGUACGGGAGUAAGCCGCAGAUUGCAGAGAUCAUGAGAAGUUUCAAAGGGCACGUGAGGAAGAUGCUGCGGCACGCGGAGGCAUCCUCCAUCGUGGAGUACGCGUACAAUGACAGGGCCAUCUUGGAGCAGAGGAACAUGCUGACGGAGGAGCUCUAUGGGAACACGUUUCAGCUCUACAAGUCUACGGAUCACCCAACUCUGGACAAAGUAUUAGAGGUACAGCCCGAAAAGCUAGAGCUUAUCAUGGAUGAAAUGAAGCAGAUUCUAACUCCAAUGGCCCAAAAGGAAGCUGUGAUUAAGCACUCAUUGGUGCAUAAAGUAUUCUUGGACUUCUUUACCUACGCACCUGCCAAGCUAAGAUCAGAAAUGAUCGAAGCCAUCCGCGAGGCGGUAAUAUACCUGGCACACACACACGAUGGCGCCAGAGUGGCCAUGCACUGCCUGUGGCACGGCACGCCCAAGGACAGGAAAGUGAUUGUGAAAACAAUGAAGACUUACGUUGAAAAGGUGGCUAAUGGCCAGUACUCCCAUUUGGUCUUAUUGGCGGCAUUUGAUUGUAUUGAUGAUACCAAGCUUGUGAAGCAGAUAAUCAUAUCAGAAAUUAUUAGUUCCUUGCCUAACAUAAUAAAUGACAAAUACGGAAGGAAGGUCCUCUUGUAUUUACUGAGCCCCAGAGAUCCUGCACACACAGUGCGGGAAAUUAUUGAGGUUCUGCAGAGAGGAGAUGGGAACGCACACAGUAAGAAGGACACCGCCAUCCGCCGGCGAGAGCUCCUGGAGGCCGUCUCUCCGGCUUUGUUAAGCUACCUGCAAGGACACGCCCGCGAAGUGGUGCUGGAUAAGUCUGCGUGCGUGUUGGUGCCCGGCAUUCUGGGAGCUGCCACGGGAGACGUCCAGCCCGCCAUGAGCGCCAUCGCCGGCUUGGCGGCCGCAGAGUUGCACCCGGGCGGCCAGGACGGAGAGCUUCACGUCGCAGAGCAUCCUGCGGGACAUCUCGUUCUGAAGUGGUUAAUAGAACAAGAUAAGAAGAUGAAGGAAAGCGGAAGAGGAGGUUGUUUCGCAAAAACGCUUGUAGAGCAUGUUGGUGUGAAGAACCUGAGGUCCUGGGCCAGUGUAAACCGAGGUGCCAUUAUUCUUGCUAGCCUUCUCCAGAGCUCCGAUCAAGAAGUUGCAAACAAAGUCAAGGCUGGACUCAAAGGCCUCAUUCCCACAUUGGAGAAAAACAAAAAUGCCAGCAAAGGAAUAGAAACGCUGCUUGAAAAACUGGCCGCAUAGUGGAGAUAGUUAAGAACAAGAUGGAAUCUUCUUUCCUGUUCUCUUUUCCCAGAGUGGGAAAGAAGGGCCAGGGGCAGCCUUCCUGGGAGUCUGGGUGCUCUGUAUAUGUGCUUCUUGUUUGUAUAAGAGUCUAUUUAUAAAACAGUUUUCUAAAAA